AUGUCCACCAUCAAGUCUAUCCGCAGCAUUGCGCCCCUCCUCGACCGCAUCCUCGUGCAGCGCAUCAAGCCCGAAGCCAAGACCGCAACCGGUAUCUUCCUCCCCGAGACGGCCGUCAAGGACCUCAACGAAGCAAAAGUCAUUGCCGUCGGCCCCGGCGCCUUCGACAAGGACGGAAAGCGCGUCACCCCCAGCGUGCAGCCCGGCGACAAGGUCUUGAUCCCACAGUUUGGAGGCAGCCCGAUCAAGGUUGGCGAGGAGGAAUUGAGCUUGUUCAGGGACCAUGAGCUCCUGGCCAAGAUCAACGAGUAA